AUGGGUGCAGUUCUAUUUUUGAGUAUCAGUAGUUUUUUACUCCUAAACUGGUACCAUUGUGAAUCAAAUUUCACGAAAAUUCCAGUACUGUGUCCCAAAGGCUACUGGAUUAAUGAACCAAAGCCGCGGGGUGGAUCGUCUGAACCAAACGUUGAAGAUGCAAUAUGCCAGUUUUGUCCGAAUGUCGGCUGCUAUGUAGUUCGACGCAAAAUUCAGGAUGAUGAUGAUGAAUCAGGGCAAUCAGGGACAACUAUGGUGCCACAUACAACAACCAUGAGCACAACCUUAGCCACUUCACAAAUAAACGUCACGGAAUAUACGACUGAAACAAACGGCACAAUUGGGAUUGAAAACAGAACGAAUGAGGAGCAAAUCAAUUACAGAAUGUACAUGUCAUGUGACUACUGGGCAAGUCUUCCAAAGCCCGAAGAGAUCAUGAGUUACUUGGACUGUGUGAUGAUCGGCAGAAGGGACAAAUAUUACUUAUUCAUUUAUGAGCCUCGUUUUCAAGCCAGCCGGUUCCCCAUUGUGGACUGCGUGGAUGCGAACUUCUUAGCGUGGAUACCCAACGGAACACAACUUCUCGGACUAGAAUUGGGCUUUCCAAUGAAGAGCAUUCCACCUUAUCUAUUUCGCUAUCACCAGCGGAUCAUGGAGGAAACACAAUACAUCUGCAUUGAUGGAUCCUCCCUCGAAAACAAAUCGAUUCCAUUUGCCGAUACAGAAAGGUUCGCUAGCAACAAAUUGGUACAGGUCGUAUUCCGAAAGGAUUCGCUGCGCCGAGAUCGCCGCCCACCACGAGGUCUGGAGGCCCCUAAUAGAAAAGACUUUCAAAGUGAAGAGGAUACAAUCGCCUGUCCACACAUUGUUCACCCAUUACCGGCAAAUAUAACACCAGAUGCCGACUGUCAAUUUUCACCUUCAGGCCUUCCCACCACUUCUGACCGAGUCGAUCCUACACAAGCAAUUAACAGGUGUCCGUUUCGUAUUCAAAUCAAGCAGAAAGCCAUCAGACGAAGGAAACCAAAUACGGGAUUGCUUGAAGAACUUCGGGUUCCCCCCGCUUUUCUUUCUGCCUGCCUAAUUGUGGUCGUACUUCUGCUCACCCUUGGAAUCAUCACCGCUUUUUGCAUCAUGAAUGCUGAAAAGCUAAUGCUUUGCAAAACACGAAGUCGUAAGCGUCGUGAACGUGAAGCAGCAGUUGCAUCCGAGCUGGCGGAACAAGCAGCCAAGGAGGCCGCUGCUGCAGCGACCGUCGAUGCGCAGGAACGUCAACCAAAUUCCUGGCAUCCAAUUUACGGACGAUUUGGAAUGGUGCCUCCGACCAUGGGCGGGGCUUUUGGUGCCUUCGCAGCCCGUCCUCUGGACGCGGUCACAAACCAGCAACAGAUGGGUAACAUGACAGCUAAUCCGGGAAACGCGCCUCGACCUACUGGAAUGGGCUAUUAUCUUGCACAACCCAACGCAGCUCACCAUUAACUUCAACCUCAGCCACAUUCCACGUUGUGAAUACCAUAAUAGCCUUGUAGGUUCGUGCGGACUAGCACGUCCAAGCACAAGUAGACUUGAGCGUCACAAUUUCGUAACUUGCGAAGUUGAGGUCUAAUGCUACUCGCAACAUGCUUAUGUAGAAUCUGAGGAAAUCGUGAAAAUUAAAAGCAGCUGGAACAGGGUUGGAAACCUUUUCGUUCCAAGUAACUAGAGUUUGCUAUGUACCGGCAUCAAUGACCAGAGGGUAACAGUAUCAUCUACGCAUUAAAUACUAUAUGAGAACACUUAUUUUCAGUCCUUGUGUUUCAAUCCACCAUAUUUUCUGCAAAUACACCAUAGGAAAAGCGAC